GGGGCAAACGCGGAGGGCAGCGGUGGGGACGGGCAGGGCUGGGCGGUGAUGCUGGGCUUGGGGCUCCUCUUCACCCACCACUUCCCCGCAGCCUGUCGGUGCCCCAGCCCAGCGCUCUGCCCCGGCUGAAGGGCUGCCGGGGGCUCCUUCCGGCUCGGGGAGCUGAAUCGGCUCCGUGAAACCGGCCCGGGGUGCGGAGGAACUGUGCACCCCACUGCCGGCGGUGUGUCAGGGUGUGCUGCGCAGGCACAGCCUUUGCGGGUGCGCUCAGUGCUACCGAGGAAAACUCACCUAUCCCUGAGCAGCUCCACACCGUGUGCCAGCGCCCGGUGGAGCCCGGCUGGAAGCACCUUGCUCCUUCCCACUCCAUGCCUUUACCCCCAAAGGGGUGAUUUUGCUCCAGCCGGUGCAGGAUGGAUGCUGCGGGGGGUCCGGCUGCAGGGUGAGCAGCUCUGGAUGCCGCUCCUUGGGCUGGAGAGAUGCUCUUGGGGCGGCCAAAAUGCUGCACCUCAUGGGCUUUGGCCGCGGUUGAUAAAAGCGUGAUAUGAGCAGGUCAGGGAUGGAACAGAGCACCGACAAUUUUUUAAAUAAAGUGUGGCUUGGAAACAUCAUCUCUCUUGAAACAAGACACCAGCUCUGGACACAAGAUAAAAGAUUUUUCAGCUGCCGACAUGUGCACGUCAUCCCAUGUUUCCUGGAUUUGGAGCUAAUGGUCAGACUCUGCUCAUAGUUACAUUGAUGUAUAUGUGAUGUCACUUACCUAGAGCUGUUGGCUAUAAAGCACAGGUCCUGGCUGGAUUAUCAGCAGCUGGGACAAAAAAAAGCUAAGGGUUCUCAGUGCAUCACAAGUUCAGAGACUUCAAAUUCCAGGACCAUUUAGUGCUUGAGCUCUCCUGGGUUCAGAGCGUGGUUGUUUCCCUCUGCAAGCCCUGGUUCUUGGAGCCACAACUUUUCUGUUUUUACAUAAGCUCAAAACCUUUGUGUUUACGCGAGAAAUACGAAGUUUUAACAGGUUGGAUGCUGGGAGCCAAAUGAGUAGUGCAUGUUUAUAAAACAGAACAGAUGGUUUUCAACCAGUCCUGUGGCCAUAAUUCACUUUUUUCAAUGUUUGUGAUUGGUGACCGAGGAUGGCAUUAAAAAAAAUGGCCUUCUCACCCACUCCAUCCCAUGCCAGGCCAGUCUGGCCUGAUCUUUCUGGAAAUGGGAAAGGAGGGGAAAAAAAAAAACAACCAAAAAACCAACACCACAGUUUUCCUGUCAUGUUCCUAGCUCCAGGGCUGGCACUUGGAGUGGCUGGACUUCUAUGAAUAGCCCCCAUUCCUGAAGGAGCAGGACACCUGAGCCUUGCCCCCCAUGGCUUUCAGGGGAUGGGAAUUUCACUCCGUUCAUCUGCGCUGACUUUGUGUUUGUGCCUCUCCCCUUGUUCCUCCUCUGCUGAGCAUGAGUGCCUGGUGACCUGGCCAUGGGCUGGGGGGGUCGGUGGCAAUCACCCACCCUGGGCCCCCCUGAAGCCCCACUGGGGUCCUCAGCAGGUGCUGCCUGGUGCCAGCCCACCCUCCCCAGUGACCACAGCCAUGCCUGGCCAUCCCCAAUAGCUGCUUUUGGUCCGAUUUCACCAAGGAGUAGAGCCCCAAACCACUCUUCCAAAGUUUGCCAUUAUUGAGGGGCAGCUCAAUCCCCUAUAACUCAGGUUCUCAUGAAACCUCGUUCCUCCCUACAAGGACCACACAGCAGCACCAUUCACGUUCCUCUCAGUCCAAACCUUGCCAAGGUGCACCCAAUCUCACACCCAGGAGCAAUUAAGUGAACCACACAGCAAUUAUUGCCCUCAUGGUCCUAGUCCAUAGGACCCCAUAGCAAUCCCUACAGCUCUCUGGAGGAGGGAGCAAACAGCACCUGGCACAGGCUCCCUUGCGGGAUACUUCCCACUCCGGACUGUCCUCAACCUGGCCGCAGCUCUGUGAGGAUGCUCUGCAGCCAUUGCAAGGCAGCUUUUAAAGGACAGGUCUUUCCCAGAACUGUGUGCUCAGCCUCUGCAAGCACCUUUUCCAGAGGACUCAGUCUCUCCUGGGGUCUGAGAUCUGGGGGUUUGUAUAGUCUGUACCCUGAGGGGUUGAACACUGAGAGAUUUGGUCUGGAAAAUGAAAAAAAGACCGUCUUUGGCGAUUCCAGCCUGGUGGGUCAAGCUACAGUGUACUUUUGGGGUGAUGGGUUAGAGAAAGAAGAAGGAAGGGCCUCCACCAGUGCAGGCAGCUGGAGCUGCUGGGGCUAACGAGCUGAUUGCAAUUAGACACAGGAGCUGUUUGCAAUGAGGCACAGCUGCUCCAUGCAGCAGUCUGCUGCCUCCCCAGAUCCACCCUCCAGCCUCCCAGGUGUCUUCAUAAAGUCAGGAGGAGGCUCUGUGUGAAGACUGGGUGGUUUUUGGGAGCCAGGGCCCUCCCCUUGCUCAGGUGAGAGGAAGGAAGCGGUAGGGAGAGGAGGAGCUGAGGGUGUUACUGCUGGCAGAGUGGCUCCUGGGGUGUCUGGGCUGGUUGCCCCAAGCUGAGGAGGUGCUGAGGUUCAGCAGCUGCUCAGAGCACAACUCAUUCCUCAUCUCCCUGUUGGAUCUGUUCCAUCCACCGUGGGGCUGAGAGAUGCAAGAAGUCUGAGCCUCUUCACUCUUUUUCUCUGCGUGUCUCCAGUUGCCUUGGGCGAAACCCACGGGGAGUUAAAGCGGAGCUGAAAGCUGUAGCAGAGCUGUCCUCUUCCUGCUGCCCGAGCUCUGGCGCUGAGCGAGUCCUCAGAGACGUGAAGUCUCAAACAAUGAAUUACGUGGGGCAGCUUGCUGAGACAGUCUUCGUCACGGUGAAGGAACUGUACCGGGGUCUGAACCCCGCCACCCUGACAGGCUGCAUCGAUGUGGUUGUGGUGAGGCAGCCUGAUAACUCCUUCCGGUGCUCCCCAUUCCAUGUGCGCUUUGGGAAGCUGGGUGUGCUGCAGUCCAAGGAGAAGGUGGUUGACAUUGAAAUUAAUGGGGAGCCUGUGGACCUGCACAUGAAGCUGGGUGACAACGGAGAGGCCUUCUUCAUCCAGGAGUCAGAGGAAAAUGAGGGCAGCAUCCCCUCCUGCCUCUGUACAUCCUCCGUCCCAAAGGAGGAGAGUCUGGAGGAUGCCGCUCAGCCUUCUCAUGGGCAGGUAGCCUCUGGUACUGAAGUGACCCCGCAGAAGAGGAAGCGACGCAGGAGGAAGCCCAAGCGGAGGGAGGUGUUGGACUCCCAGUUAGAAGGCUGCAAGGACACCAAAAGUGAUACGUCCGUAGAGGAGCCAUCAGUUCCCAGUGACUCAGUGUAUUUCUCCUUUGCUGAUUUCACUGAAGAAGAAACUGGGUCGUUGCAACCCGCAGAGAUGCACCCUUAUUCUGAUGGGGAGCUGGCCUCUAUGGACAGCCCCACACUGAGCCAUCCAUUUCCUCCCAAAAGUGACUCUGAGCUGGAGGUUAGACCACAGGAGACUUUUGCUCUAGGGGCUGAAUCCCACAUGCAGUGGACCUGGGGAAGGCUCCCUCGGGCUUGUCAUUCUGCUUUCCUUGAGGUGAAUAAAUCAGAACGAGUUGAACCAGCCAAGUCCACAAAGACCAUUGCUACUGCAGCAAACACUACCUCCGUGACACCAGUCCCAGUGGAUGAAGCAACCCAUCCUGUUGCCACCUCUGAAGGUCUGGGAGAAGGUCCAAGCCUAGCAGACCCUCGGCGCAUACCUUGUUCCUCUACUGUGUCUGUCAUUGAUCCAACACCCACAUGCUGGGAUAGGAACAGCCUCUCCAGGCUGAAGGACUUCCCUAGUGCUAUGGGAACAGAAAGCUCGCUGGCCUCCUCAGUCCCACAAGAGGAACGGGAGGGAGGUGUGAAUGUUGUGCCAGAGGUUCAGCUGGAUGUGGAGCCUUUUGAGGGACGUGCUGUUCCAAGGCAGGUGGGCUUGGAGGGCCCUGAGUCCCAGCUGGAAAGCCAGAGGAGGGAAGGAUUCGUCAAAAGAAGUCCUCACCUGGGUCCCAGUGAUGUUUACUUGGAAGACCUCUCCAACCUGGAUGAGGAGCAGGUGGCUCUCUAUUUCCCCAGGAGUGAUGAAGAGCAGAGUUCAAAGACUGUGUCUGACCCCAACAACCCUCUGUGUGUCCAGCUGCCAUCUGAUUUGCCUGCCAAGAGCCCCACAGACUCCAACAUUGAUUUGAUGCCUGCAAUUGCGCUGUCGCUGUGCGGAGGCCUGGGGGGCAGCAGGCAGAUACCUCACGAUAAGUUCAUGGAGCACAUGGUCUCGUACCAGCAAUUUGUGGAGAAUCCAGGACUCAUUGAUGACCCAAACUUGGUGAUACUGAUCAACAAGAAGUAUUACAACUGGGCAGUGGCUGCUCCCAUGGUCCUAUCCCUCCAAGCUUUCCACAGGAACAUCCCUGAGAGCACCAUCAACCAGCUGGUGAAGGAGAAGAUGCCCAAGAAAGGCAGUAGGUGGUGGUUCUCCUGGAGGAGGAGAGAAUUCCAGUCAGAGGAGCAGCAGCAGUCGAGGCCAGGGAAAGCCACUGUGGGGAUGCUGCAGCACAACUCCUCUCGGCAGAGGCAGAAGGAGGAGGUGUCAUCCAGUGAUGAUGAGCCGCUGCACCUUGGGGCUGCGCAGAAAUCUCAGCCAACCUACAAGAAAUCCCUGCGACUCUCCUCUAAACAGAUCGAGAGGCUGAAACUGCAGGAUGGCCCCAACGAGGUGGCAUUCAGCGUGACAACUCAGUACCAGGGCACAUGCCGCUGCGAGGCUACCAUCUACCUGUGGAACUGGGACGACAAGGUGGUGAUCUCGGACAUUGAUGGAACCAUCACCAAAUCAGAUGCUCUUGGGCAUAUCUUGCCACAUCUGGGAAAAGACUGGACUCAUCAUGGGAUUGCUAAACUCUACCACAAAAUCCAUCUGAAUGGCUACAAGUUCCUCUACUGCUCAGCUAGAGCAAUCGGCAUGGCGCACAUCACCAAAGGUUACCUCAAAUGGGUCAAGGAGCAAGGCUGUGCCCUCCCCAAAGGCCCCAUCCUGCUCGCCCCCAGCAGCCUCUUCUCUGCCUUCCACAGGGGGGUGAUUGAGAAGAAGCCAGAGGUGUUCAAGAUUGCUUGCUUGAGGGACAUUCAAAACCUUUUUGCCCCAAAGUUGCCCUUCUAUGCGGCGUUUGGCAAUAGAGCAAAUGAUGUCUAUGCUUACAAGCAAGUGGGUCUGCCAGAGAACCGCAUAUUCACAGUCAACCCCAAGGGAGAGUUGAUCCAGGAGCUCACGAGGAACCACAAGUCAACGUAUGAGCGGCUGUCAGAGCUGGUGGACCUGAUCUUCCCUCCCCUGGGGCAGAGUGGAAGAGUUGCUCUGGUGUGUCCAGAGUAUAGCCACUUUACCUACUGGAGAUCUCCACUGCCUUCUGUUGAUUUGGAUGUCUUCUCUUGAUCCCG